AUGUUUACUGUUGUGUUAAUUGGCUCAAUAGUUGGAUUCUCUGGUGCAGCAUUGGGUAGUGUGGGAGGUGUUGGGGGUGGAGGCAAUGCUUGCCUUGAUCAUUGGUUUGAUCCCAAGUCUUCCACUGCCAUUUCUAAGUACAGAACUGAAGUACUGUAUGCCAUCCUAUUGGUCAUGCAGCCAAUGCUCAUGCUGGGCAUCAGCAUAGGAGUUGCCCUUCAACGUCAUGUUCGCCAACUGGAUGGUCACAGUUCUACUUAUCAUUCUCUUCUUAGUUACAGCAGCAAAAGCUUUAAUGAAGGGCAUAGAAACAUGGAAGAAAGAGACAAUGAUGAAGAAGGAAGCAGAAAAGCAGUUGGAAUCAGAGUCCAAACCUUUCGGUGA